GAACAAACGUCUAUCGAGUUUUGGAAAUAAUCAAAUACUAGACUUGAGGUCUGCAGAACGUAAAAGUCUAAUCCUGCAACUGUCUGAUUCAACUACAACGAUCGCAUUACCUGGCUAUUAUCCUGGAUGGAAUCAGAUUCAUGCUACCCGUGAUUGGUCUAUGCUUCACUUGCGUUAAGGGCCAGAUUAUCCCAGAGCAGAUCGGCACAUGUCCUACGUCUACGGGCAGGUCCUUCGUCCGAUAAAGACCCCAGGAGCGAGUUUAUCGUCUUGUCAUAACAUUAACCCCUACCUUUAGCCCCUCGAUAUCGCAAACUGGAGGGUUGUGACGUUAAGGGCCGGCUUAAAAGAAAUCUUAUGUUGACAUCUCCACCCUGGUAGCGCCCAAAAACCUUUGGUUAUAUCUGAUAUGUCGUCGAACGAAACUGGUCUUAGCACCGGGCAGAUCAUAGCUAUCGUCGCAUCAGCGGUGACAGUGGCGACGUUCCUAAUCGCGACCCUAGUAGCAGUGCGUUGCUACCGGCGACAGCAGCGGCGCGAUAUCAAGGAGAUACCGAAACGAGAGCUAGGAACAUCAUCAGAUAGUACAGUAUCUCAGAUAGAGCAAGGCAGCACCGACGAGCCCAGAGACUCGGUUUCUGAUACCACCCGAAGCUCUAUCUGGGGGGAUACAAGGGGUUCUAUCGUCGCCCCUGCAUCCAUUUUCAACGGCGAUGAUGACGUCUGGGAUAGUCGACAGUGGCCGCUGCCACCAGGCCACUCAGAACGAUAUACCUUUUUUAGCGAGAGAAGUUCAGUAACGAUAGACGAAAUAGUAGAGAUUGAGCAAUUAGGCGAUGGAGAUCACAACGGAAACACGGCGGGAAGAAGAUCUAACAUGGAGAGCAGAUAUGAUAGCAUCCGGGAAAUCUCCGAAGUGGGCAUGGCGCAUGGAGGAAUGGCGUUGUUUGUAUGAGACAUGAGUAAUGAUAUAAUGCCGUUCAUGGUUAAAGAAUUACGCCUUUUAUGAAGUACCUAUGUAGAUGGAUCUUCGUGGAUCAGCACUUCAUCGG